AUCUAACUCCUUGCAGUCCAACCACAUAAACUACCGAAGCUUGCUGCUUCACAUACUUCACCACCACAAACCCAACUUUCCCCGAAAACAAUGGCUUCCACGAUCUCUCCUCUUCUCCAAACCAUCCCUCUCCGUCGCGCUUCCUUUCAGGUACGCGCCUCCAAAUCCUCGCCGGCGGCGACGGCCAUUCCCGGCCGGAGACAGCUUAUUUUCUCUCUAACGGCGGUGACGGCGGCGGCGGCGAUCGGAGAGAGGUCUUCCAGAGCGGAGAGCAUCGGGCUGUUUGGGAUCAGGAAGGGGCUUCGGAAGGUGGAGGAAACGGCGGAGGAGAUCGUGAGGGAGGGAUUCGAGGCGGCAGACAAAGGAAUCGAGACGGCGGAGAGGGGAAUAGAGGCGGCGGAGAGAGGUAUCGAAACGGCGGAGAAGGAGAUCGAAACGGCGGUGGGUUUCGACGGGCUGGCGCAGGCCGGGGCGGUGGCUGUAGCGGAGGUUUUGGGGGUUUUGGUCGCGACUACGGUCGUUAAUGGAAUUCUCGGACCCGAAGCCCAGAAGUCGUAAGAAGACUUUGUCGUUUGGGGAAGACUUUGUCGUUUCUCUCUGUCUCUUUUUUUUCCCCCCCCUCUUUUAUCGAGUGUGUAAUGUAUUUGUGUUCAUUGUCGUUUGGAACUUGGAAGCAACUAGUGUGUAGUUGUAUAAUACUAAUGACCAUUUAUUUGUACAUCUGUACUCUCUCUUAAUUUGGGGUGAAGGAACUUUCAUUCUAGACCUUAACAACAAGGGGCUAUUGAAGUCAUUGUAGUAGAGUAUAUGACUUGCAACUUCUCAAAGGCUUUAGGAUUACCUAUUGAACGAUGGAA